GCCUGCUUUGUCAACUCGGAAGAGGUUUGCUGAAUCCCUUUCCUCCCGGUUGAAGGAUGGCUGUUAUGCAGGUCUGCGGAGACUCUGAGUCUCUGCAACUUGCCUUGCAGGGCCCUGGAGGUAUUCAGAACGAACCGCGAGGAGCUCGUAGCAGCUGCAUUUAAUCCUCAGAGACUAGAGAGUCAUUUAACAGAACAUCAAAAUGAGUAACCGUAGAAAACGUGCUCCUCCAGUGAGGGUGAAUGAUGAGAAAAAGAAGCAGCUCUGCUGGAAUAUGCAUGAUGACCGGAAAAAUGAGAUGACAGAUUUAGAUGCAGGGGAUGAAGAACACCCUGUUGCAGGUACAAGCUCAUCUUCUACAUCCCUUAUUGUUAUAAAUGAUGAUAGCACUGAUGAAGACUUGACUCAUAAAGGAAAUAAUCUGUCAUCCUUGAGCUUCUCAACAGUUAUAGAUGAAGCUGAGGAUUCUUGCCAUCUCUUAACUUCUUUAUCGAUACAACUAAAUAUAGUGAUAUCCCCAUAUUAUCCUGAUCCUUCUUGGAAGGCUUUGCUUGGGGAGAUGGUUCUUCAGCUUCUUCCUGAACAACUUCCAGCAGAGAAUUUCUAUAAAAAGAGUUAUACCUUGAUGAAAGCAGAAUCUCGUGAUCACCUGUGUAUCUGUGUACAAGCAAGAGGCAUUGAGAAGAUGGAUGGGAGAGAAGAAUCGUUUCCAAGUGCUUAUGAAGAAGAUAUGUUUGUUGAAUCAUCUUUAAGUAAUGAAAUGUUGGAAGACUUGAUGUGGUUGCAAAAGAAGAGCCUAAUUGUGCUUUAUCAAAGACCUGGAGAUGCUCAGUGCUUAAAGGUUGGAAUAUAUCUUCUAGAACAUGGCUUAAGCAAACUGGAAUUCCUUAGUGAUGGAGGUGGUAGAAUAAAGAAAGCCAACCAACUCAUUCAGAAACUGAUGGAAAAAUUCUACCAUUUCAUAAUUCCAGAUAUACUGGAAGAUGAGGAGGAGGAGUCAGACAGAGAGAUAGAACGGCAGAAUAUUGAAGAGCUUUAUGACUAUGUGAGGCAUACUCAUCAGAAGGAAACAGAGUUUUUGAAAGAAAAUGUACAGCACUCUGCAUUGAUUCCUGUACUAAGACAGUAUCAAAGUGAGGCUGUAAACUGGAUGCUGCAGCGAGAGAAUUUCAGAAACGUACCUACUAAUGAAAAUGCCCUCCACUACUUAUGGAGAGAGUUUAUCACUUUAGAUGGAAUAAAACUCUACUAUAAUCCUUUUACUGGCUGCAUUAUCCGUGAGCACCCAGUUGCAGGGCCUCAGUGGCCUGGAGGAAUAUUGGCUGAUGAGAUGGGUCUUGGGAAAACAGUAGAAGUAUUGGCUCUUAUCCUAACACACUCUCGAAAAGAUGUUAAACAAGAUGCUCUGAUGUUACCUGAGGGUUUCUUGGUAAAUUUCUUUGUUCCACCGCAACCCACUGAAGGAGGUGAGAAGAAAACCAUAAAGAAAAUGGAACUUAAAUCAAAGAAGAAAGUGCAGUAUCCUAGCUUGCGAAUAAUGCUCUUAGCAGCUAUAAAGGAAAUGAAUGUAAAGAAGGGAGCAUCCAUUUUUGCUAUUUUUAAGUAUGUCCAUGCUAUAUACAAAUAUGACAUACAGCGUAACCGUCGACUUCUUAAAAGAACUUUGGAAAAACUAAUUGCAGAAAAGGCAGUAGAACAGGUCAAAGGCCAUGGACUUGCAGGUUCUUUCAAGUUGGGCAAGAACUACAAAGAACAGAAGGUUUGCAAUAGAUCCAAGAAAAAGGGAAAAAGUUCAAAUCAGAUCCAGGAAAAUACCUUCCAGAAGAAGAAAAAUGAAACCAAAGAAUUGGAAGAUAAGGGCACAUCCUCUGCAGAUGUCAUUAAAUCACCUCUUCCAGCACAAGACCAUGAUUACUGUACAACCAGCAAAUACAACAAAAGUUCAAAAUUGGAUCCAAAGAGAUGGAAAGCUGACGAUACCCAGGACAGACCUGUUGACCUAGUGUCUAUUGAUUUGCCAUGCAAUAUGCUAAUUCCCAAAGACAAAGCAUGCAGUGUUACUGAUGUUCCUGAAAACUCAGAGGAAGUUGAUGAACAGAAAGAACAACAAUCUCCAGUCUCCCAAGGACAUGCUAGCACUUUUGUACAACAUCCUGGUUCAAUUUUUCCUUUCAAUACAUCUGAUUACCGCUUUGAAUGCAUUUGUGGUGAGCUUGGUUUAGUAGACUAUAAGGCACGUGUACAGUGCCUAAACUGUCAUCUGUGGCAGCAUGCUGAAUGUGUGAACUAUAAAGAAGAAAAUUUGAAGGUCAAGCCAUUUUACUGUCCCCAUUGCAUUAUAGCAAUGAAACCAGUUCCCACAGGAGCAACUCUGAUAAUCUCUCCUAGUUCUAUCUGCCACCAGUGGGUCGAUGAGAUCAACAGGCAUGUGAGAUCAUCCUCCCUUCGAGUUUUGGUUUAUCAAGGAGUGAAGAAACAUGGUUUUCUGCAGCCUCACAUCUUAGCAGAGCAAGAAGUAGUGAUUACUACCUAUGAUGUCCUUCGUAGUGAAUUGAACUAUGUGGACAUUCCCCACAGCAAUAGUGAAGAUGGCCGCCGUUUCAGAAACCAAAAGCGAUAUAUGGCCAUCCCAAGCCCCUUGGUAGCAGUGGAGUGGUGGCGAAUUUGUCUGGAUGAAGCACAAAUGGUAGAAUGCACCACAGCAAAGGCUGCAGAAAUGGCUCUCCGUUUGAGUGGAAUCAAUCGCUGGUGUGUAAGCGGUACACCUGUGCAGCGAGGAUUGGAAGAUCUAUAUGGGUUAGUGCUUUUUCUUGGAGCUGAUCCUUACUGGGUAAAAUAUUGGUGGGAUCAGCUUCUGUAUCGACCUUACUGCAGGAAGAACCCCCAGCCUCUCUACAACUUCAUAGCCAAGAUAAUGUGGAGGUCAGCAAAGAAGGACGUGAUUGACCAAAUUCAGAUUCCUGCUCAGACAGAAGAUACCCACUGGCUUCAUUUUUCUCCUGUGGAGAGACACUUUUAUCACCGUCAGCAUGAGGUGUGCUGCCAGGAUGCUCUGGCAAAGUUUAGAAAGAUUUCUGAUUGGUCCCUCAAGCUUAGCAGCCUGGAUAGGAGGACAGUUGCUUCUGUUCUGUAUCCUUUGUUACGCCUGAGACAGGCCUGCUGUCAUCCACAAGCUGUUCGUGGAGAAUUCUUGCCUCUGCAGAAAAGCACAAUGACUAUGGAGGAACUUCUUACAUCAUUGCAGAAAAAAUGUCGGACAGAAUGUGAGGAAGCCCACAGGCAACUCGUCUGUGCUCUGAAUGGCUUAGCUGGUAUUCAUAUAAUUAAAGGUGAAUAUGCCCUGGCAGCAGAAUUGUAUAGAGAGGUGCUACGUUCCUCGGAAGAGCAUAAAGAAAAGCUCAAAACAGAUUCAUUGCAGAGGCUUCAUUCAACACACAACCUGAUGGAACUCUUGGCAGCAAAGCAUCCUGGAAUACCCCCCACCUUACGAGAUGGCAGACUUCGAGAAGAGGGUGAACAACUUCGACAGCAUUAUAUGAGUAAAUCAAAUGCAGAAGUUGCUGAAGCCCAUCAGGCUUUACAACCAGUGGUACAGACAAUCCAUGAACUUCAGAGGAAAAUACAUUCCAAUUCACCUUGGUGGUUGGAUGUGAUCCAGUCAGCAAUACAAUAUGCCAUUGAUGAAGAGCUUGUUCAGCGGGUGCAAAAUGAUCUAACAAGCAAUUAUAAACAGCAAACUAAUAAACUCUCCAUGGCAGACAAAUUUCGUGACUGCAGAGGCCUUCAGUAUUUGCUCACAACUCAAAUGGAAGAAGUUAAGAAAUUCCAGAAACUUGUAAGAGAUGCUGUGAAAAAUCUGGAAGGUCCUCCUUCUAAAGGUGUUAUUGAGGCCGCCACCAUCUGUCACCUGCGCCCUGUAAGGUUGCCACUAAACAACUGUGUCUUUUGUAAAGCUGAUGAAUUAUUUAUAGAAUACGAGUCAAAGCUGUUCUCUCACACUGUAAAAGGCCAGAUGGCAAUUUUUGAGGAAAUGAUAGAAGAUGAAGAAGGACUAGUUGAUGACCGCUUACCUACCACGAGCAGAGGUCUCUGGGCAGCAAGUGAAUCAGAGCGAUCCUUGAAAUCCAUACUGUCUUUUGCUAAAGCUCACCGAAUGGAUGGCAAGAUAAUUGAAGAAGGCAACAUCUUUUUGGAGCUUUUUGAAGCAUGGAAAAAGGAAUAUAAGCUGCUUCAUGAAUACUGGAUGGUCCUGAGGGAUCAUGUGUCUGCCAUUGAUGAACUCGCCAUGGCCACAGAACGGCUUAGAGUGCGUCAUCCAGAAGAACCAAAACCAAACCAUCCUGUUCUUCACAUAAUUGAGCCACAUGAGGUAGAACAGAAUAGAGUGAAACUUUUGAAUGAUAAAGUAGUUGCCAAAUCACAGCUUCAGAAGAAACUGGGCCAGCUUCUGUAUCUCACUAAUUUAGAAAAGUCUCAGGAUAAAACCACUGGAGGAGUUAAUCCAGAGCCCUGUCCAAUUUGUGCGCGGCAGCUUGGAAAGCAGUGGGCAGUACUGACAUGUGGACACUGUUUCUGUAAUGAGUGCAUUGCUAUUAUUAUAGAACAAUAUAGUGUUGGCUCCCGCAGAAGUUCAAUAAAGUGUGCCAUCUGUAGGCAGACAACAUCACAUAAAGAAAUCUCCUAUGUCUUCACUGCAGAGUCUGCAAACCAAGAGGAUGAUAUGCCUGUGAAGGGUAGUCAUUCCACCAAAGUCGAAGCAGUAGUCAGGACUCUGAAGAAAAUCCAGUACAAAGAUCCGGGAGCCAAAUCCCUUGUUUUCUCAACGUGGCAAGAUGUGCUGGAUAUUAUUGCGAAAGCUCUGUAUGAUAACAGCAUGGUAUUUGCUCAGAUCAACGGAAUUAACAAGUUCCAGGAAAAUCUCUCAGCAUUUAAAUAUGAUCCCAAAAUCAACAUAUUGUUGUUGCCUCUUCAUACUGGUUCCAAUGGGUUAAACAUCAUUGAAGCAACUCACGUCCUCUUGGUGGAACCUAUACUAAAUCCAGCACAUGAGCUACAGGCUAUUGGCAGAGUGCAUCGUAUUGGGCAAACGAAACCCACCAUCGUUCACAGAUUCUUAAUAAAAGCAACAAUAGAAGAGAGAAUGCAGACAAUGCUGAAAACCGUAGAGAGAAGCCAUUCCAGUUCUUCCAUGAAGCAGGCAGAAGCUUCCGUGUUAACAGUUGCUGAUUUGGCAGACCUUUUCUCAGAAGAAACUGAAGGACUUGAGUGAAGUGGUGUGUGCUUUGGACUCACUGAGAUCAGAAGGAUGAGCCAUAACCUGCUUAAUUCUGAACAACACAACUAACAGUGCAAUCCUAAACAGAGUUACUCCAGUCUAAGCCCAUUGACUUCAAUGGGCUUAGACUGGAGUAACUCUGCUUAGAAUUGCUCUGUAAAUUAACCCCCUAUUCUGAAGCUCCUGUAGAUGUCACCCAACACCCACCCUUAGCAGGGCUAUAUGAAUUGGUAAGUAUUUAUAACAGCUUCCACUAGGUUCUCUGGUUAUGGAUUUCUUCAAUACAUUGACAGAAGAAAGAAAAGCAAAUGCACUUUACACAAAUAUUGUAUAAGUUAUGACUGUGUACUUCCAAAGAACAUGAAUGCCCCCAAUCCAGCUAUAGUUAUCUAUAAAACGGUAUUUGUGCACCAGUUGUACCAGUAUGCGGAUAAGGAUGUGCUUUCAUUGAAAGCAAUGAGAUGUGAGUGGACAGCAUGUAUACUCAGAUGUCCUUCCAUAUAUGUAUGCUGUUCACUGCUGUUCCUUUGCUUUCAGUGACGUGUGCCUGUAGGUCGUAAUCCCACAAGUGAUAUGUGUGCAGGCCUCCUUGGAUUGGGAAGUUGAACUACACUUUGACACUUUGCAUUUAGCAAAGGGUAUGAAAAUCAUGAAAAAAUUAUUUUGUCUCAAUUUUAUCUGUAGAGUUAAUCAUUAAAAAGUUCCUGAGUAAACGAAUAUCUUUUCAGAAAGGGCUCCUAGCGGUGCUGACAUUUCUCCAUGCAAAUAAUUAAUGUUUUAUCAGUUAACACUUUACUACUACUUUUUCAAAACCACUGACAUUUGUAAUAUUUUUAAGUAUUGAUACUAGUGUAUUAUGUUGUAGAAAUUGAUUUUUGCUUGUUUAUGCUUACAGUUAUGCUGUUUAAUGCCUGCUCUCUUGAUGAUAAAUUAUGUCUUUUGUAUAAUCUUAUAAUCUGAAAACAUCUGUGUGACAGAUUUUUUAAAGGUUCUUAAAAUUAUAUUCCUUUGUUAAAAUUUGGAUUCUUGCUUCCUAUUAAAAGCUGGAAAACUU